AUGUCCCGGUCCAAUAGCGUGAGCCCUCCCGGAGUGGGGCAUCCUGGCCUGAGGGGAGGGACCGAGCACAAGUCCGCCUGGGCCGAGUCUGAGUCGGUGUCAAACGGCUGCCCAUACACCUCCACAGCUCCUCCAGCACCAGUGCGCACCACCAACAACAACAGCCGCUGGAGAGACGACCAUGAGGCGGACCCGGAGCACCGACACCCCCCGCCAGCUCGGUCCUCCACAACCACUGUCAGCCGGGUCAGCUUCCGAUCCCGGUCCGCUUGGCAGGACCAUGGCGAGAAGAACCAACAGCAGAAUCAACAGACCCAGAACCAAUCUCCUAAACGCGAGCUGAGAGCCAACAAGUCCGUGGAACUCGGGCUACAAGAGCGCAGGGGUGUCGCCAACAAGCUGCCCCCCAUCUCCACCAAGAGCGAGCCCGAGCCGGACGCGAUGCCCGAGGUGAGGGUGUCUCUGGUGGCGUGCUGCGCUAGUGUCCUGCACGUUUUCAAGUCCAAGAAGUUCCAGUCGGAGAAGUUGGAGAGGCUCUACCAGCGCUACUUUUUCCGUCUGAACCAAAGCAGCUUGACUAUGCUUAUGGCCGUUUUGGUACUGCUUUUUACGGUCAUGCUGGGCUUCCACUGCGCUGGAGGAGCCAAUAUCACUUACAUUGUGGUGUUUUCCAUAGCUAUCUUCCUUAUAUUAGUUCUAAUGGUGGUGUGUAAUCGCAACGCAUUUCACCAGGACCAUAUGUGGAUAGUAUGCUACGCACUAAUACUUUUAGUUUUGGUGGUACAAAUGAUUGGAGUGUUGUUGGUGCAGCCCAGAAGUGCUACGGAGGGAGUUUGGUGGACGGUGUUCUUCAUUCACGUUAUUUACACGUUGUUACCGGUGAGGAUGCGCGCGGCGGUGAUCACGGGGCUCGUGCUGUCCACCAUCCACGUGGCCGUGUCGUGGAUGCUCAACGCUACGGACAGUUUCGUGUGGAAACAGAUAGUGUCAAACGUGCUGAUCUUCUCCUGCACAAACAUAGUGGGCGUGUGCACUCACUACCCUGCAGAGGGCUCCCAAAGACAGGCCUUCCAGGAGACCAGGGAGUGUAUCCAGGCCCGACUCCACUCACAGAGAGAGAAUCAGCAACAGGAACGCCUGCUCCUGUCAGUGCUUCCACGUCACGUUGCCAUGGAGAUGAAAGCUGACAUCAACGCCAAACAGGAAGACAUGAUGUUCCACAAGAUCUACAUCCAAAAGCACGACAAUGUCAGUAUCCUGUUUGCAGACAUCGAGGGCUUCACCAGUCUGGCCUCUCAGUGCACGGCUCAGGAGCUCGUCAUGACGCUCAAUGAACUGUUCGCUCGCUUUGACAAGCUCGCAGCGGAGAACCACUGUCUGCGCAUUAAGAUCCUGGGCGACUGUUACUACUGUGUGUCUGGGCUACCUGAGGCCCGGGCCGACCACGCCCACUGCUGCGUGGAGAUGGGACUCGACAUGAUAGAGGCCAUAUCUCUGGUGCGGGAGGUGACUGGCGUAAACGUAAACAUGCGCGUUGGCAUCCACAGCGGUAGGGUGCACUGUGGAGUCCUGGGACUCAGGAAGUGGCAGUUCGACGUCUGGUCCAACGACGUGACUUUAGCCAAUCAGAUGGAGGCAGGGGGAAAAGCAGGCCGGAUUCACAUCACAAAGGCUACUCUGAACUAUCUCAACGGUGACUACGACGUGGAACCCGGAGCAGGAGGAGAGAGAAACGCUUAUCUGAAAAAGCACAACAUAGAAACCUACCUCAUUGUGGGCUGCAGCCAGAAAAGGAAAGAGGAGAAAGCCAUGAUCGCCAAAAUGAACCGGCAGAGGACGAACUCGGUGACCCACAACAGCGGACACUGGACGGACCGACCGUUCUACAACCACCUCGGAGGAAACCAGAUCUCCAAAGAAAUGAAGAGGAUGGGAUUUGAGGACCCUAAGGACAAACACUUUAUCUUCAGGAACACUCAGGAGAACAUGAACCCGGAGGACGAGGUGGAUGAGUUUUUGGGAAGAGCCAUCGACGCACGAAGCAUCGACCGCCUCCGAUCGGAACAUGUCAAGAAGUUCCUCCUAACCUUCAGAGAGCCAGACCUGGAGAAGAAGUACUCUAAACAAGUGGACUCCCGGUUCGGGGCAUACGUGGCCUGUGCUUCUCUCGUCUUUCUCUUCAUCUGCUUCAUUCAGGUCGUCAUUGUUCCACACUCCAGUCUGAUGGUGGGCUUCUUCAUCACUUGCCUCAUUAUCUUGACAGCUGUCAUGUUUGUGUCCACCAUCUACUGCUGCUACGGGCUGUUCCCCGUCCCUCUCCAAACUGUGUCCAAGAGGAUUGUCCAGUCCCGGCUCAAGAGCACUUUAGUGGGAGUCUUCACCAUCAUUCUGGUCUUUCUCUCAGCUUUCAUCAACAUCUUCACCUGCAGCUCUCAUGACCUCCGCAGUUGUAUCGUCGCAGAGUUGAAUAUUUCGUGGGACAGUGUUGGUCCGUGUCACCCUCAGCUCCUGAACCUGAGUCUGGACUCAGAGCAGAGCCCGUGUGCACAGCCGGGCUCUACUGUCUGCAGCUUCCCUGAGUACUUCACUUUGUGCGUCCUCCUGAGCCUGCUGGCCUGCUCCGUCUUCCUGCAGGUCUCCAGUAUUGGGAAGCUGAGUCUGAUGCUGGUCAUUGAGCUUCUGUAUGUUCUGGUGCUGGAGGUGGCCACAGUCAGUCUGUUUGACAACCAGGACCUGCUCAUCAUGGCCAACGCUCUCAACACCACCUGUGUGGUGGACUUGAAGGUCCCUCUGAAGAUCAUGACUCCUAUAGUGAUCACUGUGUUUGUGUUGGCCCUGUAUCUGCACGCUCAGCAGGUCGAGUCCACGGCCAGACUGGACUUUCUAUGGAAACUGCAGGCCACAGAGGAAAAGGAGGAGAUGGAGGAGCUUCAGGCUUAUAACCGUCGUCUGCUCCACAACAUUUUACCCAAAGAUGUGGCUGCGCACUUCCUCCAGAGAGAGAGGCGAAAUGACGAACUGUAUUACCAGUCCUGUGAAUGCGUCGCGGUUAUGUUUGCCUCCAUCAGUAACUUCUCUGAGUUUUAUGUGGAGCUAGAGGCCAAUAACGAGGGAGUGGAGUGUCUGAGGCUGCUCAAUGAGAUCAUCGCGGACUUUGACGAGAUCAUCAGUGAGGAGCAGUUCCGUCAGCUGGAGAAGAUAAAGACGAUCGGCUCCACGUACAUGGCUGCCUCUGGUCUCAAUGACUCCACAUACGAUAAAGCCGGUCGCUCUCACAUCAGAGCUCUGGCCGACUACGCCAUGAGACUCAUGGACCAGAUGAAGUACAUCAACGAGCACUCCUUCAACAACUUCAAGAUGAAAAUAGGUCUAAACAUUGGUCCAGUGGUCGCUGGAGUGAUCGGAGCCAGAAAACCGCAGUAUGACAUUUGGGGAAACACAGUGAAUGUGGCGAGUCGAAUGGACAGCACCGGGGUCCCAGAGAGAAUACAGGUCACUACAGAUCUGUACCAGGUUUUAAGUUCCUAUAACUACACAUUGGAGUACAGAGGCAUCGUCACCGUCAAAGGAAAAGGAGAUAUGAUGACUUAUUUUCUCACUGGGGGACCACCGAACAGCUAACCCACGCUAACAUAUCCAUGCUAACUCCAAUUUCUAUGGAUUUAACGUUGAACCAGAUGGACCAAUGUAACACAGCAAAUU